CUUCUCUUCCUUUCCCGUCUUUUUUCCCUGGCUUGGCUCUGCAACGUCCAGAACUGCUUUUUGCGUGUCCUUGGGUAAUCAAUUAUCGCUGUCUGGACUCUUCCUGCUUCUCAUUCCGGGCCGUUGUUUGGACCGUCGUCGUUGUCGCCGCCACCGCCGCCGCAAAAUACAGUCCCAAGAGACGCGACACCGCGCUACUUUGCCUCCACAAUGCCGAUAUGGGAUCCUCUUGUUCCUGCUGAACGUGUCAUUCAACGCUGUCUGGCGCGUCUUCCACCAGCCAUCAGUCAUUGGUUCGGAUACAGACACAAGACGUUACCGCCAUCCCGCACGUGGCUCGUUUGUGUGUGGGGUUUCAUCGGCGCCUUUUGCGGUCUCAGUACCAUCCUGGCUAUUUUCGGGCAUACAGACUACUUUCGAAGCCGUGCUGUGCCGCCUAUUGUUGCCUCAUUUGGCGCCUCCGCAAUCCUCUGCUACGGCGCUAUUGACGUGCCUCUCGCGCAACCUCGCUCCCUGAUCUUUGGCCAUUUCUUCAGCGGCCUUGUUGGCGUCAUUAUCGCCACAAUCUUCCAGUUCAACCUUGAGAACGACCCGUAUCCCCGUCUCCAAUGGCUCGCAGCUGCACUCGCAACUGCCAUCGCACUAGUCGUCAUGCAUCUGACCAAGACGACGCACCCGCCCGCCGGCGCCACAGCCCUACUUCCAUGCAUCGAUCAGCACAUCUGGGCACUACGGUGGUAUUUUUUGCCCGUGCUACUGCUUAGCUCGACAAUUGUUCUCGUAACUGCAAUGCUCUUGAUGAACCUGCAGAGACAGUAUCCCAAGUUUUGGGUUGCACAGAUCCCCUCUGCGCCACCAGUGGAAAAGAAGGAGGACAAGGAAACGAAGAAAGACGUGACAGAGGGAUCGGAGGCUAGUAGUGCACGGGAUACACUACAGGAUAUGGAAAGAGGGCCUCUGUGAUUGAUUUGCUGCUAUGUUUGUAUGGUCAUACUGGUGUUUGAUGCAGUAGUUUGUUGUCGACUCUCGAAAAUAUCGACAAGGAGAAAAUUGUUCUUUGUCGUUCUAAUUGACGGAAUAGCACAGGAGAAUGUACAAAAGUGAUAUUUAGGGUGUGACUGAAGUGGUCAGGCAGUCGAUG